AUGGCUACAGCUGCCCCCAGCCUUGCACCAGAGGCAGCCCAUCAGCCCUCUCAGCUGCUCUCUUCCCCGGCAGACCAGGCAACACAUUCUGCAGCAGCUGCUCCAGCAGCCGCCUCAGAUCUAUGCCUCCGCACCCUGCAAAUUGGUGCAACCCCAGCCAGCAUGAUUGCAGUCUCCCAAGCAGCAGCUGAUGCGCUGAUCAGCAGACCCUCGGGGCCUAUCACAGGUGGCCCUGACACGGUGCCCAUAGCGGACCUGCCGUCCCGUAGCGGCGGCUCCGCGGCAGCUGCCGCACCCCGUAACGGGGCGGCGGCUGACGGCACGGUGGCCGAGGGGGAACCGGACGACGGGAUGACCGAGGAGUGGUUUGCGUCUGAAGCGGAGACUCCGAGCCCGUACAGCUUGAACUUGCGGCAGCACCGGAAGGUGCAUGGAUAUUUUGUGGAGCACGUCGCGCGCAUGGUGUUCAAACACAGGCGGACGCAUGACAGCGAUGCGCGGCUGCGGCAGAUAAUAGCGCGGGCGCGCUGCCACGACAUGGUGCCCCAAGUUCUGGCUCGGCUGCGAGUGCCGCUGCUCGUGCAGCUGCUCUACGAGCAUCCUAACCCGCACGUGGCCAGUCAGGCGAGGGAGCUGAAUAAGCGGGAGGAGUGGAAGACAGCGCUGCAUCUCAUGCGCGAGGAAGCCAUCAAGCAGAUGGGCAUCACCCACAAGCAGGCAGACGCCAUCGCGGCGAGGAUGGUCGAAGAGCACGCCGUCCCGGCAGCUGCCCCAGCCGCCGACAACGCUGACAUCACCGCUGAGCUGGCAUCUGAUGUGGCGGAUACGUUAGGGAACACCGGCCGCCGCCGCGGCGGCAAGCGUGGCAAGUGCUCCAACAAGCACGCCUCGCCGCCGCCUGCCGUGGAUCGCGCGGCCACCGUCCCGGCCCGGGGUGCUAGCAAGCGCCCCCAGACUGUUCUGGUUCCAGGCAGAAAGCGGCUCAGGACGCUAUCACUCCGAGAUGAAACAGCCCAGGCGGAUCCUGCUGCAAAGGAGCAGGCUGCUGAGGAUGCAGCGAUGGACCUGACAACUGACGCAGAUGUUGCCAAGGUGCAAGAUCCUGCGCCUGUCAAGAGAGGGCCGGGACGGCCCAGAAAGGGUGAAAAGGUGGUGAAGCAGCAGCGGAAGCAGAAGCCGGCAGAAUUGGCCGCUGUGGAAAGGCUCCGGAAGCGGCCGCUGCAAGACGAGGAAGAACAAACACUCCCUCCAGUAGCGAGCCAGGAAGCCGUGCCUGUGCUGCAGCAGCAGGCCGCGCCCCUUAGCAACAAUGCAGCAACGCCUGCUGCGGAGGCUGUCAAAUCGGCUGUGGCGUCUGUCAGGAAGCGCGCACGGCGGCUGCCGCACGCCGUGCAGGCGAUUGUGCCGAUGCACACGAAGGGCGCCACAGCUCGGGAGACGGCGGCGGCGAUGGCGGCCGCACUGGUGGGGCCUGCUGCUCUCCCGAGCGCGCCGCAGCCGCCACCGCAGCCGCCGCAUGUGCCGGAGCAGCCGCGCGAGCAGCUGCCGGGAAGCAGCCGCCUUGUCCUCUCGGGCAGCGGCCUGCCCGCGCGGCCGGCUUCGGCACCAGUCGCGCCGGCAUUGCAGACGGCGGCCGCCGCAGCAGCUGUAUCAGCACCUGCCGAGCCCCCAUUGCUGCAGCACCGGUGCGAGCCGAGGAGCGAGUCGGCGCCGCCGUCACAGAUAGAAUCAGCGGCGGCCAAAGAGCGCGGCAUGGAACCUGCCAGCGUGGCAACACCGGACCUGCAGGGCGCCGAAGACUCUGCAGACGAUGCCGGCCGCAGCUUCAGCCGCAGCCCGUCCCUGCCGGCCGCCGCCGCCGCCGGCCCCUCCUCGUCGCUUCUGCUCCCGUUUUCCCCCGCAAAUUUCACCACCGGCAACCCAUCUGCCGCUGCUCACGUCCCCGCCUCUACAACCCAGAGCCGCACGGUGCCCGGGGUGCGCAUCCAGGACGGCCAGGGCAGUCCCUUCCGCAGCUGCCCGGCAGUUGCCCCCAAGCCGGCAGCUCCGGGAAAGCUUCUGAGGCAGGGGGGAUGCCAGAUCCCCGCAGCUGCCGCCCCCGUUUCUAUGAGCGCCCUCAUGCCGGUGCCGGUUGCCGGCUCCGAGCGGCAGGAUGAGGAAAUGGGUUCCACUGCUGAGGCUGGAGGCGCAUUUUACGAGCAGCGGGGAGGGGUGUUAGGGCAGCAGGGGGCUGUAGUAAGCCAGCAGCAAAUGGGCGGAAGCCUGACAGAGCAAGGCAUGCAGAGCUCCUGGUGGCAGGCGGACGGCUCCGUCCAGAUCGCAGCCGGCGUCGGCCGCGCGGUUGCGGAAGCUGAGGACAUGCAAUCCGACAGCGAGGAAGAUCAGCGAGCCGCCUGUGCAAAUUCCGCCACAGCCGCCAGCCCGGCGUCGGCAGAGGCGGACGCAGCACCGGCUGCAAUGGAUUCAGAAACUGCGCCAGGCCCGGAGAAAGCUGAUGGGCAGCAGGAUAUGGCCCCAGAGCCGGCUUCCCCACAGGCGCGGCCGGACAGAGGGGAUACGCUCUGGGGUUGCUCGCGUGAACGGGCCGACUCCGAGCCGCUCGCCACAAAACUCGACGGCGUUCCCAUCUCUCCGCCGCAGGUCCUGUUACGACGAGCGCAGUCUCUGCCGAAGGGCGUGGCGAUGUGCGCGCCCGUAAAGGCCGGCUGGCUGAUGGACAGCAUUGCAGAAGACGCUGCAAAUGUCAGCAGCAAUCGGCAGGCCACAAUUGGCGGGAACGCCGGCGAACCGCGCCCGGGCGACCGAGCCGCGCCUGAUCAGGCGCAGCAUGCAGCAAUAGCCCAGGAGGAUGCAGCGGGCGCUGCCGCAGUAGCCAGCACCGCCGCUGCCGCGCAGCUGUCUGCGGUCGAGGCACCUGGACUGAUGGAGUCAGACCAGUCACCCGCCAGGGUGCAGGACAAUCACAGGGAUGCUGGCAUGUCUGCUGUCGAGGCAAUGAGUCACAGCGGGCUGCAGCUCUUAGAGGAAGGCGCUGAUUCUUUGGCGCUUAGAUCAGCCCAGCCGCCGCCGCCGCCUCCGCGCUCUGCGAGCGGCAGGGCGCUGCUGGCGCCCAUUACUCUCAAGCCUCCCGGCCCUGCGACAGCUUUGUAUAUGCAAAAGCCCCCCGGGACAGCUCGCGGCGCCCCCCGCCCCAACCGCAGCCCUAUCUCUCCCGGCCGCGGUGCAUUCCCCAACCGCGGCGCAUUCCAAGGCCGCGGUCAUUUCCCCGGUCGCGGAUCGGACCCGGCGCGGCCGGCCGCGCACCGGGGCGGCCGCGAUUUUGGCGGACGGCGGUUCCCCUGGUCACGGGGUCCCCCACAGCAAUGGCCACUACAGCCGCCACCGGCAGUCCCCCUGCCGGUAUCACCAAUCCCGUACUGGCUGGCUGGGCCCUUCCAGCAGGUUGUUGGGUGGGGGGCGCAGGUCUGGGGCCCCCCGGCGGCGCCACCAGUCCGGUAUGUGGGGGCCCAACCAGCUCCCCCGGUGGCGCAAUCGAGCGGCGGCGCCGGCGGGAGCAGCACUUGA